UCCCCUCUUCGAGCAAAGAAGUCCCUCCCUCGUCUUCUCCAGUUCUUCAAAACCCCGAAAUCCUAGGCUAGCAGCUGAGCCGCCAUGGCCGAACCAGAGAAUUCUCUAGAAGCGGCGGCGAAGACGAGGAUCCGCAAGAGGAAGAGAAACAAGAAGGCCGCCGCGCUGGCGAGCGAGGAAGCCGUCGGAACGGAAGAGAGGAGCGGGGAAGGGGAGCUUCACGAGUCGUCGAAGGGCGCUGCUCUCAAGAAGAAGAAGAAGAAGAAGGAGAAGAAGAGCAAGGCGCUGGGGCAACAGAAGGAGAAGGAGGAGGGGAGCGAAUAUGAUAAAGACGAGGGCGGCGAUGAUGGGCGCGGCGAGCAAGAAGAGGGAGGAGAAGGAGGAGGAGGGAGAGAGGAAGGGGAGCCGCGGGAGGCGAAGAGCGCGGGGAGCGGGAUAAUGAGCACGGUCUCCUUCGGUGAGCUGGGGUUGUCCGAGCACACUGCCAAUGCUAUUAAGGACAUGGGGUUCCAGUACAUGACUCAGAUCCAAGCCCGAGCUAUUCCUCCGCUUAUGGAGGGCAAAGAUGUCCUCGGUGCUGCAAGGACUGGUUCUGGAAAAACGUUGGCCUUUCUGGUACCGGCUGUGGAGUUGUUACAUAGCAUCCAUUUUAGUCCUCGCAAUGGAACUGGUGUUGUUGUAAUUUGCCCCACAAGGGAGCUUGCCAUUCAGACUCAUGCUGUGGCGAAAGAACUGCUGAAAAAUCAUUCCCAGACACUUGGCUUGGUUAUUGGGGGAGCAGCUAGAAGAACUGAAGCUGAACGUAUUGUUAAAGGUGUUAAUCUUUUAGUAGCAACCCCUGGCCGACUUUUAGACCAUCUUCAAAAUACCAAGGGUUUCAUAUACAAAAAUUUGAAGUGCCUCAUAAUUGACGAAGCUGACAGGAUUUUGGAAGCAAACUUUGAAGAUGAAAUGAAGCAAAUUAUCAAACUUCUACCAAAGAAAAGGCAGACGGCGUUAUUCUCAGCCACCCAAACUAAGAAGGUUGAAGAUCUUGCUCGUUUGUCAUUUCAAACAACUCCAAUUUACAUUGAUGUGGAUGAUGGGAGGACCAAGGUUACAAAUGAAGGACUGCAGCAAGGUUAUUGCAUAGCGCCCAGUGCAAAAAGAUUUCUUCUUUUGUAUUCCUUCCUUAAGAGGAACCUGUCAAAGAAAGUCAUGGUAUUCUUCUCUUCAUGCAAUUCGGUUAAAUUCCACUCGGAACUUCUCAAGUAUAUCCAAGUCGAUUGCUUCGACAUUCAUGGAAAGCAAAAGCAACAGAAAAGAACAACUACUUUUUUUGACUUCUGCAAAGCUGAGAAGGGAAUCUUGCUGUGUACUGAUGUUGCUGCCCGUGGACUUGACAUCCCUGCAGUGGAUUGGAUCGUGCAAUAUGAUCCUCCUGAUGAACCCAAGGAAUAUAUUCAUAGGGUUGGUCGAACAGCUCGUGGGGAGGGUGGGAAAGGAAAUGCUCUCCUUUUUCUCAUUCCUGAAGAACUUCAGUUUCUUCGUUAUUUAAAGGCUGCAAAGGUUCCAGUGAAGGAGUAUGAAUAUGAUGAAAAGAAGCUGGCAAACGUUCAGUCACACCUGGAGAAAUUGGUGGCUAACAACUAUUACUUGAACAAGUCAGCUAAAGAUGCUUAUAGAUCCUACAUCCUAGCAUACAAUUCACAUUCUAUGAAAGACAUAUUUAAUGUUCACCGCCUCGAUCUCCAGGCAGUUGCGGCUUCGUUCUGUUUCUCUUGCCCUCCGAAGGUUAACCUGAACAUCGAGAGCAAUGCGUCCAAGUUCAGGAAAAAGAUGCGCAAAGUGGAAGGAAGCCGGCAUGGAUUCAAUGAGAGCAGUCCCUAUGGGAGACAGAAAGAAGGUGAUACAAGACAGUUUGUAAGAUACUAGCAGAAACAAGCCACGAGAUGAUGGUUGUUCCUGCAAGAAAUUUUGCUUGAAGUAGGUAGUUCCGCAGGAAUUUUAGUUUCUCCCUUACCUGUUUGUAUAAUGUACAAUUGCCAUUUAUUCAUUUGGAAACACAGAUCUUCUCUAGGAUAUACGGCAGAAGAGGGAAAAGACAGAACCCGUAUCGAGAUACUUGUGUGUCUUAAGUAGUGUUUAUUGUAUGACCUGGAAUUAUUUUGGGGGAGUAGUUGAUGAAUCAAAUACUUUGAGGCUAACUGUUCGGCUA